AUGGAAAGUGUUAAAGAAGAGACUGUCCUCCAGGAUGAGGAAAAAGUCACGUCCACUAAGCGCAAGUCUGCCAUUGACGAGAUCGAGGUCGACCUUAGUCUUCCCGAACCACCAUCAAAACGGGCUCGGCGUGCUCUGAAAAAAGGCAAACCCCUUCCCGCGAAGAAUGACAGCGGCGACGAAAAAGGAAAGGCAGAUGGCGAUGGCGAGCAAAAUGACAAGAAGGAAAAGGCCAGGUCAGAACACGGCAUCUGGGUUGGCAACUUGCCCUUCACCGUCACAGCGGCAGAGUUGAGGCAGUGGCUUGUGGACAACUCCGGCGGAGUCAUUACUGAUGAUUCAAUCACGAGGAUAAAAAUUCCUACGUCAAAAGACUCUGGUCGAGAUAAAAGCCAAAAGCCCGCCAACAAGGGCUUUGCCUAUGUUGACUUCACAGACAUUGGCGGCAAGGUUGCUGCCAUUGCGUUAUCAGAGACAGAACUCGGACACCGCAAGCUUCUGAUCAAGGACUCCAAGUCAUUUGAAGGACGACCUGCAAAGGAGAAGGAACCUGAGGCGGUGGAGACGGGACCAGACGGCAAGGUCAAGCACGGUGCCGAGCAGAAUAAAGACGUCGACCCCAAUGCCAGCCGGAAAAUCUUUGUGGGAAACAUGAGCUUCAAGACAACAGAGGAGGAUGUGUGGCGGAACUUUGAGAAGUGCGGAGAAAUUGACUGGGUCAAGGUGGCUACGUUUGAAGACACGGGCAAAUGCAAGGGCUACGGAUGGGUCAAGUUCAAGCAACCCGAAGCGGCCGCUUGGGCUGUCAAGGGAUUCGUCAAGGUGAAGGAGGCGGUUGAGACGGAAGACGACUUCGACGAUGGCGACGACGCAGAGGACAGGAAACAAGACCAGCAGAAGCAAUUCAAGACGAGGAAGUGGUGGGUGAACCGCAUGCUGGGACGAGAACUCAAGCUGGAGCUGGCCGAAGAUGAUCAGUCUCGGUACAAGAAGCGUUUUGGCAAGGACGCACAGAGGCCAGCGAACGGUGGUGAGCGAAAGGGCAGGUCCUCACAAGGACGGAAUGGAUUCAAGUCGAGGGAUGAAGCGGCGGGCGAUAGCUCGGGUGCCAAGACUGAGGCUCCGGAGAAGGCAGCUAAGCCGCUCAAAGAGGCUGCCGAUAUCCAAAUCAAGCCAACCCCCCCGGGGGUGUUCCAGAACAAGAGCCAACCCUCUCAGGACAUACCUGGCAAAGAAGAGGUCUGUACCACUCUCGCCCUUCAACCCGCUUCACCCACCGCUAAAGACGCCAGCAGACUGGACGAGGCCCUCACCCAAGUCCGAGCAACCUCACCCCCGGUAACUUUCACCCUCCACUUCGAACCGUUCCAGCUCUUCCCCGACUUCUCCGACGCCGCCGACAAGCAGGAAUGGUACCUCCGUGAAAAGCACUUUGACAAUGAAGCCGCCCAACAAGCGUACCAGUCCCACAUGACGUCCCUCCUGGAACCGCACGGCGUGAAGCUCAAUUUCACCGGCAAAAUGGGCAACACCCUCCACGCCCACCGCGUAAUUCAGCAGAUUCAGCGGCAAAGGGGAGCUGACACGGCCAGCCGUCUGGUAGAAGGGCUGUAUAGGCGGUACUUUGAGGAGGCGAAGCAUCCGUCCGGGGACGAGACGCUGGUGGAGGCGUGCGUGGAGGCGGGGGUAGGGGAGGACGAGGCAAGGAAGCUGGUGGGAGAUAAGGUGAUGGGGCUGAGGGAAGUGAGGGCGAGGUUAAGGGAGGUCACGAUGGACGCUGAUGCGGUGCCGGUGGUGGCGGUGGAGGGCAAGAGGAGGGAUAUCACGCUGACGGGGGCCAAGGAGGUGAAGGAUUACAUUAAGGCUCUGGAGACGGUUAUCAAGGAGAGCGGGUGA